AUGUCUUACCUCAGACCCCCCAGUGAGACGGGCUUCACAGCAAACCAGAGGCCAGUGGUAGUUUACAGGCCCAUUCUGGACCACACUGAAAAUGUUGUAUUUGGCCACCGGCUCCUGUUAUCUAACAACUUCCUGACUCUAACUAAACUUCAUUACCAGCCUCACAUCCGCACUGAUUGUUCGGGGCCUUUGCCAAACCUCAUUAACGAGCCCAGAGACAGCGGCUUCCAUCAGCUGAGGAGUCACCUGCAACCAGAGACUGUUUCCCAGAAGCCUGUGACUAUAGGUCCCAAAGGAGAGACUGGUUUCACUGAGGGAACAAACCUUCAGUUCAUCACCUUUCAGGAGAAAAACAACAGCAGGGUUGAACCUCAGCAGACCCACAGCUCAGUGAUGAAACACGACUUCUUACUCCCGUCACUUCUGCAGCUUGAUGAGCCCACUGGGUCUCUUCUAAAUUCAAGCAACCAGGUUUUCCCUAAUACACCUUUUGAUGGUUUACACUUCACUACACAUUAUAGGAGCGAACUGUUUGCCACCCACAGCUUUGGAAUGAGAGCCCGGAAAGAGAAGGAGGAGGAGGGGUUCAUACACUACAGCUCCAUACACAGCUCCAUACAGAACAAAUACUGA